AUGUCUGAUUUCCUCAGGAGUGCAGUGGACAAGGCCUUACAGAGUGAGAAUGGACACCUGGACCUGUUCCUCCGCUUCCUUCUGGGUCUCUCACUGGAGUCCAAUCAGACUCUCUUACGAGGCUUAAUGCUGCAGACAGGAAACAGCUGUGACAGCAAACAGGAAAUAGUCAAGUACAUCAAGGAGAAGAUCAGGGAGAAUCCAUCUCCAGAGAAAUCCAUCAAUCUGUUCCACUGUCUGAAUGAGCUGAAUGAUCAUUCUCUAGUGCAGGAAGUACAAACUUAUCUGAACAGAGGAGGUUACAGUUGUCUCAGUGAAACCAGUCUCUCUCCUGCUCAGUGGUCAGCUCUGGUGUUUGUGUUACUGAACUCAGAACAGGAGCUGGAGGAGUUUAAUUUGAGUAAAUAUGACCCAUCAGAGGAAUGUCUUCUGAGGCUGGUGCCAGUGGUCAAAGCCUCCAGAAAAGCUGUUCUGUGUGGGUGUAAACUGACAGAGGAAAGCUGUAGAGUUCUGUCCUCAGUUCUCAGCUCAAACUCCUCCAGUCUGAGAGAACUGGACCUGAGUAACAAUAAACUGCAGGAUUCAGGAGUGAAGCUGCUCUCUGCUGGACUGGAGAAUCCACACUGUGCACUGGAGAAACUGAGGAUGUGGCACUGCAGUAUUACAGAUGAAGGUUGUGCUGCUCUGGCUUCAGCUCUGAGAUCAAACUCCUCAUCACACCUGAGAGAACUGAAUCUGAAUGGUAAUAAUCCAGGAGAAUCAGGAGAGAAGCUGCUCUCUGAUCUACUGAAGGAUCCACACUGUAAACUGGAGACACUACACAUUGAGUAUGAUAAACUCACAAGGACUGGCGUAUGACAGGAGUCUCACCUCAAACCUCUUUUCCAGGAUAAAGCAGUUUUGAUGAAGCGUUAGAACCCAUCCCACAUUUCCAGCAGUUUGGGAGCUGAAUCAUUCAUAUUCACAUGUAGAAGUUCCAUAACAAUAACUGUGACUGAUCACAUCCUUUUAUCCACUCAGCUACAAGUUACUUCAGGCUUUAAUAACAUAUUUUACAAUCCAAAGUCAAAUCCUUCAGCGUCUACACACAACACAGAGAUAUCAUCACAUCAUCACACUGAUUACACAAAUACACAUCCAUGUGUUCUAGCUGUUUGUAGCUUAUUUUUAGCUCCACAUUUUUAUCUGUUUAUUCAAUAUAUGUUUCUGCUCAACAUGGCUUUAUUCAGUUUGUUGUAACGACAGUGAAUUUUAUUUCUCCACAGAUGAUUGAUUUAUAGUUGUGAUUUAAUCUAUUUUUCCCAUUUUUUUGUCAAACUUCUGUUCCUUGUUUGUUAAUCUGUUUUUUAAAGGACAAUUCUGGCGUAAAACUAGAAUUUAAUAUAUUAAUUGUCAAGGUAUAUAGUAUUCUGUUUGCAUGGGAUUGUAUUGCUUACUGUCUGUGUUUUAGCAGAAUUCAAGCAAAACAAAGUAAUUAUGUAAUCAUGCUAGCAUUACGGUAGCUAAAUGUGUUGUUGCUAACUUCAUUUAUUUGACAGUUUAAUUUUGAAAGAUGUACAGUUACUCUCUGCUUGCCUCGUGUUUCUCUUCUUGCUGGCACAGUUCUAAAAUUUAAAUAAAAUUGAAUGUAAUUGAAAAUAGUCUGGACAUGUAUGUAACACUGUGUAACAGUAACUCAAAAUCCCUAUCUGUUGAGUGAUUUCUGUCAUAAUCAGGAGGCAGUUUCCCCAGCAUUCAAACCAGUAAAUCUCUCUACAGUGUCUGCUGCGUCAUCAUAAGAUGUACGAUCUGUAAGAUACAGUUAGGCAUGUUUACAACAGCUGUAUCAAUGGUUUCAUUUUUAACAAGUCAAACCUUGAAGGCGGCUGGGCGACAGCAAGAGAAGACCACAUCAGGUUCCACUCCUGUCAGCCAAGAAAGGGAAUCUGAGGCUACAGUGGGCACAGACUCCCCCAAACUGGACAGUUAGAGAUUGGAAAGAGGCCAGUAUGUAUUCUUCCAGGUAACUGAAAAUGAAAUGGACAUAGUAUUUGGAAGAGUAUUUGUAAUGAACAUUGUUUCAUCGAUAUUUAAAACUAUUUCAAAAGGCUGAAAGGUGUAAAUAACACACUGAUCUGUGGCCAUGUAGUUAUAGAAGUCAUGUAAAACGCUUAAGUUUUUUUGUCAUUUUUUUCUGCCUCCUCACUUCAUUUAAUAUUUCACUGCUGCACUAUUUAUAAUUAAUCUGACAUUUACACACACAAGGCCUUUAUGUUAUAAAGUCUGAUACUGCACUGCUGUGUAAUUAUAGAAAUAUUUAGACAUUUCUUAAAGUCAUUAUUAUUUGGGUAAAAUGUUCCUUAAUUCUGUAAAAAGUUUAGUUUAACCAUAAUUACUGAAUAAUUUAAAUUAGUUACUGAAUGAUAUGUUUUAAAAUGAAUAACUGAAUAACAAUCCAUGGAUUUUAGAGGUUCAUUUCACAUAUACUAUAGAAUAAGCGAUGUUAUAGUGUGUGUGUGUAAAUCUGUGUUAUUGAGUGUGUUUCUGUGUGAAUGUGUGUGAACCUGUGUACUGUGUAUCAUCUGGUCCUCGGCUCCUGGCUGCCAGGAUUGUUGUCUGGAUGGUCGAGUUCCCUGUUUAAAGUGUGUUAUUAUGUACAUGUAUGUAAGGAUUUAAUAAAAAGGCAUCAUGCUCAUUGGUUAUUUCACU